AUGCCGCUGACGGGCCAGCGGGAGGGCGUGGGAUCGAGGGGCGAGCGGGGGCCCAUGGGCGCAAGGGCCGCCCGCUGGGCCGCCUGGCCGGCCCCGUCGGACGGUACCGCCGCCUCAAACAUUCCGGAGGCGUCGCUGGCGGCGUGGACGGAAGAUUGCGCGGCAGGAGGCCGUUCACGUAUGGAAGCCCCAGGUUUGGCACUUGCCAUGCUGCGGCUUUCUGAAUCACAGCAGUGCAAUGGCUCUCAGGCACUGGGCUCUGCACAUCAAACAAUGGAUUCUUGCUGUGGAACUCCCAUGUAUGGGGCCACAGACGAGAGCACGUCCUGGACAGACUGGGCACUUGAGUCCGCCUGCCGAGCUCCACAGUACAGAAAUGAACUGCCAAUCCGUGGACAAGAGAUGCCUCCAGCAUUAAACUGGGAUCGAGCCGGGUAUGCGGGCAAUGUGCCAGCACUGGACCACUUCUGGGUUACCCAAUCAACUCCCACGGCGGCAGCAAUGCUGGGCGACCUCCAGCUCCGGCACUCCCGCGCCACAAGCGACCCCCUGGCGGCGCAACGGGCCAAGAUUCAUGCCCUGUCGAGGAGCCUCAGGUCGGCAAUCAGGGACGAUCUGGCGGUGGUGCACGGGGGUGGCUACGGGGCGGAGUUGGAGCAGGGUUUGCCCGCCUUUGAUGCGGGUGAGGGCGCCCAGACGGUCGGUACGUCGGGCAAAUCCUGUGGGCCGCUGCCAGGAUGUGAAAGGGACCUUCUCCAGGUCCAAGGGAUGACUGGGACCCAUGUUCUGGGCAAUGGGGACGUUCAGCUGCACAUGACUCAAGUGGUUGCGGGUUUCAUAAUAGGCCCACACGGAGUCUCCAUUCACGGCGUCGCCAACCAGACUGGCGCUAGAAUAUCGUCCUGGACGCACAUCUUGGCUAACGAGCGCGUGUUCGUCAUAAAGGGAAGUCCCAAUGAAAAGGCCCAGGCUGUUCGGAUCAUCCUCAUGGCAGUGCAGCGGUACAAGGACCUCACUGAAGGGAGUCAGCUGGGUAAGAUGAUGCAAUGCUUCGACUUACGGACAAUCUAG